GACGAACUGGUGAGCGACAGGUAGACCACAAGAAGUGGCUCCACCUGCCUGUGAAACCCGUUAGUUGUAACGUUAUAUUAGUAGAUUGCGCAGUGUAGAUAGAGAACCAGAAAUUCAGGCUUAAGCCCUACUGAGUCCUGCCACCUUUGGAUAUCAUGUCUGAGGCUAUGAGCUCUUCUUAAAUUGUGAUGAGGGGAAUAGCUGUUCUACAGCAACAAUUGUGACUUUCAAGUCAAUUUGAGAACAAAACAAAAAUCGAAGAGGAAAUAAAAGAUUGAAUUUGUUUCAAACAGUCUUCAGACGUGUGUGCCAUAUCAAGCUUUUGCAAAGCGUUUGUGGCUAAAACAUGGAAAAAUGUGUUGUUCUCCUUGCAUUCCUCUUACCUACAUUCCUGGCGCAAGGUAAUGAAAACGAGUGUAAAGUGUAUACUUCCGAAAACUGCAUCCAGGAAGUCCAGUGCAAGAUCAAAGACGAAUCUGUGGAAAAAAGAAGGUCGUUUACCCUCUACCUGAUUUCCUCUACAGGAGAGGAAGAAACUGUUGCCCAAAUGUCUUAUGUUGUUGGAUAUUACAAAUGCGAAACAGCACGAAACUACACUUGCGGUAAAGAAAACGAUUCCAAUUUCUUGAUCACCCUACCUUGUACAGCCAGGGGAGAACUUAAACUUUCCGACGACGAAAAAGCUAUUCCCUGCAUGCGUGCUCAAAGGCAGAGAUCGUCAUCCGAACUGAAUAAAAGCAUCUACAAGAAAAAUGACACAAACUUUCAAAAUGAUACUUCUAUGAUUUCCGAAGAAAAUAAACACAUGACUAAGACAGUUAUUGCCGUCAGCGUUUGCUUAACCAUGAUGAUUCUUAGCAUUGGGAUCUGUUGCUACAAAAGAAAAGUGAUUUUUAAAGCCUUUAGGAAGAUGCGGAAGAAGGAAGUUAAAAAAGACGGUCAUGACGCUGAAAUUGCAUUGAAUCCCAACAAUACAGUAAAUCAAACAACGACUCCGGAUAAGAUACUUUGGGAACAAGAGUAAGCAGAAUCACAUCGAUAGAAAUGAAAGGAAUGCUGUCCACUCCAUGUCGUCGGUGAGGUCAUGCUGCAGACGGGGACGUCUCUCAGUGUCACCAGAUAUCACCGUGCACCUGGAUACGACUUGCUUUAUUCCUUCUUGCGUAAUUAUACACAUGACAUGAAAGUUGAUUUCAGAUUUGCUAAAGCCUGCGAUUGAGAAAAUGAAUUAUACAUUUUUUCAGUGAAAGUUUCAAUGCGUACCGUGAUGUAGUGCUACAAGACUUGCUGUCAAACAUACUCGGUAAAGAAUUUUGUUUAUGACUCAAUCGAGUUGUUUACUAUUUCAGUUUAGAUUUGAUUGAUUGUACACUUAAAAGUGAAUUCCUUCUCUACGAUUAUAAAAUGUAUUUAAAGUUACUAAUUUUAGAAAUUACGUAUGUAAAUAUGUUCCAGAUAUUUGGACUACGAAUGCAUGCAUAUAUGGUUGAGUGGAAAGUGUAGAUUAAGAAGGGGGUGAAGGUAUGGCGUGUUCGUUAAAUUUGUUUGUGGUAUGUAUAUAUAUGUCUGUGAGUGCGUGCGAAUGUGAUACUGACUCCAGAAAAUAAUGUAGACAAGAGAACAAAACCAUUAGUUCAACUGUAGUAUUUUAUGUUAAAAUUUAUCUUAUGAACUAUUAUAAUAGCGUGUGUUAAAGAUCUUUUAUGUAGUUUAUCUCAGCAUAGUUUUUUGCAUCUCCUUUUUUGAAAAGAUUAUUACGAUGUAUUCUUAAGUUCUGUCUAGCUGUGUGCUUAUGCUCUUCCUUUCUAUCUCGUCUUAUAUAAAUAUAUAGCCAGUAGCAUGUCUAACACUGUAUAAUGCUUCACCUUAAGUGUGUAUCAAUUUGUAUGAUGUGUUUCUAAUAACUUUUUUCUAAAAAAAAAAAUCCUUGUCUGUGUUCUCCCUGUAUGCCAGCUUGUUUAUCUGUAGGUCACUGUACCCCUCUAAGCCGAUCACAAGACUCCAUGCUAAAUAGGCUUAGGCCGACUGAAGUAGAACAAGCGAUUGAUAUUGAAAUAAAACUAGACACAGAGCUUGUAAACAACCUAAAUUCACGAGCAGAAAUGCCAAGGACAUCUAUUUUGGCCAAGUCUCCUACAUUUGGUCUUACUGUACAGGAACAAAGAUCUUGACGGAAUCGUGUUCAAUUUUGGCGGUCUUCGUAAAAAGGCUUAGGCCAACAAGGUGCGCCCCACUGCUUUAUUAUGUAAACAUCCUACGAUAUCGAAAUUAUAAAAAAUCAGGUUUCUUUCUUUGAAAAGUGUAAACACAUAUCGGCAUAUUAAUAUAUUUGUGUAUAUUUAUAUAUAGGAAAUUUUUUUAAAUCAAGCUUAUAAUUGCUUGUCAAAUAGAUAGAAGGAACAGGCAUACCAAAAGAAAGUAUAUUCAGCGAGAAAGGGGAUGUUACGAAGCCCAUAUUUCCUGUUAAAUGUAUUUUAAAUUGUAUAAAUUUUAAUUGACAUCAACCAUCUAAUGUUGCUUAUAACAACUAAACAACAUAUCUAAUGUAAUUUUCCAGAAGGCUUUCUCCUCGCACACUGUUUACGUUCAUGUGUGUUAGUUACAUUUCCUUGAGUUUGUCAGUGUACGUGUACCUAAUGACCCCGUGAAAUGUUUAUCUUUGUGGAAAAGGCUUAGGUCAAUUUUGCUAGGCUCGAGUUGCUUUAUUUUAUUUGAGGUGUAUCAAUUACAGCAAUAUCAUUCUGAAUUACAAGCUAGCCUUCUUUCAUCAGGAAUGUCCAGUGACAAAUCAGAAUUCUAGUUAUUAAUCUCUAGGCACAAUGUCAUAACACAGUCAUAACACUGUAACACAGUUCAUAAAUUGUCGUUGUGUCAUGACCUCCUCAAUUAAUAAAAUAUGAGCUCAUCCACACUGUGAGAUUUUAAGAAACUUAGUAACAGUCGCUGGAUGUUUCGUUAAACUUUCUAGCAAUUACUAGAGUGGGAAAAGUGUGUUGUAAGUCUUGACACACUGGACUAGCACUCAAGUUUCUCUGACAUAACGGGACAGGUUACUGAAAACAGUCAAGAACUGUUCUUUUCAAACAAAAUGGUCGAUGAAAUGUUAGUGUUUAAAAAUUCAUCUUUCUGAAAGGUUUUCCUUCAUAAAAUAUCAAAAUCAAUGUGACGAGAAUUUUAUUUCAUGUAUUCAAAGUCAUCUUUGUACAGUCAUAGCUUACCUUUACAAUACAGGUGAUAAUUUUCUCUAAGCUUUAAUAUCAAAUGUCUCCAAAAUAGUCAGAUCCUCGUAAAUAAUGGAAUCUAGUUUGGAGCUUUAAUUUGUCCACGAACCUUACUUGCUGUAAAGUGUUUCCUUUGUGGUACAUCCCACGUACUUUCAUGAAAGAAGAGAGUACAGAUUAAAUUGUGUGUAUAUGGAUUUCAAAAUGAAAUUUUGUUUACAAAGGAUAAUGUAAUUCUUCUUUCCACAAAUAAGUUUGUAGAUACUAUUUUAUGAGCAUCUUUAAUUUUACCAAGGCACGCAGCUGCGAAUUGCAUGUUUGUACACUUCUAGAGCUGACAUAUUUCUUGUAUCAAGCAUACUUAUUUUGUAAAAUUCAUCUUCUGCUCUUGGUUGCUUAAAAUCCCUAGAAGGCCAAGGGAGACUAUAAAAUUUUUUUGGAAGUCUCCUUGACUUCUUAGGUGAGGAGAAAAAUCAUCUAAAUAUGUUGUUUUUAAUGUAAAAUUAACGGAGUGCUAUUAUGAUUGAUGCUAACAUUUUAUAUAUCUAUAUGUGUGUGUGAUGCAUUAAAUUUAUGAAUACGUUU